UCCUUUCCGCUUAUCUCUGAACGGGACAUUCGAAACGUUCGGCACACCAGAGAUGAGACCCUAUGCGUCUCAGGGACUCGUGAAAAAUUCUUCAGUGCACCCCUUCAACCGGGUGCGUAAAGCUUCCGCUUCUGUGACGUCAAUCGCGUGUCAGUUCUAAGGUCCUAUCGCCCAAUCAUGAAAAAAUGCCCACACUGCAGAACUGUACUUGUUGUCUUCCACGCUCACUUAGCACGUCCGUUGUACCACCGCUCCUUUAGCAAUGUUCCAACUCGUCUCUCUGCUCUCUGCCGUCUUGCUCCUCACCACUGGCGUGGUCGCCCAAUCGUCCACCUCGCUUUCCCCGGCUCAGAUUACGCAUGUUAUCACGGUUUCCAACAACCACAGUGCGACAGACGGAUCUGCUGUCUUUACUCCAAACGUGGUCAACGCCUCUCUGGGUGAAACCGUUCUCUUCAACUUCACCCAGGGCAACCACUCUGCUACUCAGUCGACUUUUGCGUCUCCCUGCGUGCCGGCCCAUAUCACAAAUGUCACGAUAAAUGGAUUCGACACUGGACUUCGCCCUACAAACAACGGCACGGCCAUCACCAACUAUAUUAUCAUCAUGAAUCCCGACAUCGUGAACUCGACUCUUUGGUUCUAUGACGAAAAUACUUGCGCCAUUGGGGGCGUCGGUGUUAUCAACGCCGGGAACGUGACAAAGACUUGGCAACCUUACGAUGCUUUUGUGCGAAAUGCCCGUCGGCUCAACGGCUCUCAUCCCUCCUCGGUUGCAUCGGCUGCACCGACUUCCACCGACAGCAGCAGUGGCGGCUCUGGCUCAAAUUCUAGCUCUGGCUCCUCUGGUUCCAACACUCAUCCAUCCAGCGGUACCAACCUUCAGGUCCCCAUCUUCGUGACGGCUUCCCUCGUAGCUCUUGGCGGCCUGCUUGCAAUGUAAACAGUGCACCCUGUCUUGAUACCCAUAUUUUCAUUCUUGCUGUCCGACCUUGUUGUGCCUCAUGUUGUCUGUAGAGUUCUUGAUGACUUUUGGAUACCAACUUACUGCAUUGCAUGAGAUAUAUGAACACAUGCACACCAGGCUAUACAUUCCACAACAGUGAACCCCAGAUCUUGAGAUACAAUCAGAUGGAUGGUUUUGCGAGACCGCUCGUGAGUUUAUAGUAUACGAUGGACGAAUCGUCCGAAGUGAUUCCCAAAUAGAUUUCAGACGGAUUGCUGAGUUCAGCGAAAGCUGUCGAUAGCCUGUGGGAUAUCAGACACCCCUGCGACCGAAGACGCGCGGGAAGAGAACCAUUCAAACGACAGCGUCUCCGCCAGCGAACAUGGUACGACAUUCAAGACGGCAUCCUGGGAGUACGAGCGAUCGAAGUGUGACCAAGGACGCGGAGGGUGCUCACGGACAGUGUUUGGCCUUUUCCCAGUUAUGGCGGCACGAGACACCCCCUUGAGUUCGACAAUGGAUAGAUCUGUCCAUCUUUGUGCUGAAUUUUGGUUGAGAGAUAGCGCAGAGGUUCACACUAAGAUCUCGUACACAGGGUAAGAUCGUUGUAGACUUGGAAUAUGGACCCAGCCGCUCGUGGAUACUUGGGCAAGAUUCCAGAGAGAGCAGCGUACUAGAAGGAGUCAGGUUGUGCAUUCAUCUCAGACUACGUCGCGUUUACAGAGGGAUGAUUUUCCAUGGCCGCGGUGAUGAAUGAAAGCAGGGAUCAAGCAACAGCUCGAAAAGGAAGAUCGCCAUUUACCAAACUCCCACAACUGGCUUGACUCGUUCUUCGUCCUCACCCAUGCCCAAACUCCAUCUCAAACGAACAGCUCAAGAGGAAGCAGAGCACAGGAUCCGUAAACGGCUCAGGCGCGAACGGCGCGAACAUAAGAAAAACAGCCAAAGCUCCACAGCGACCACUGACAAACCGCAACGCAAAUGGGGCUCAAGCGAUUCAGAGGGUGAACUCUACGGACCUCAUCCUGCAACAGAGCCCGAUUCAGGUCCAGGCCCCUCCACCUUCGCCGAAGACUCUCGACAUAAGCCCGACUACGAUGCGAUACGAGCCGAAGUCGAAGAGGCACGUUUCCGCGAAAAGAUGGCUUCGGCCUUCGACGACGACGAUCGACUAGACUCCCUUGAAUCACGCAUGAACGACUAUGCACAUGUUCCUGGGCGAUGGAGACAGGCAGGAGCUUCUCGAUCGCGCAUCUCGCACCCCAUUGACGAUGAUAUCGCGUCCCUGGACCCGAAUCUCAUGGACGACGAGGAAUACGCAGAGUGGAUACGAGCGGGGAUGUACAGGAAAUCUCACGCGCAGGAACUGGCGGAACAACAGCAGCGGCAGGCUGCCAUUGACGCUCGGCGCGCACACGAGAAAGCAAUGAAAGCCGAAUCUGAUCGGCUAGAGAAAAUUGAAGCAGCAGAACGACAACGAGCCCAAUUCGAACGGGAACGACGUCGGACACGCCGUGCUCAAGAAGAGUAUGAGCUUCGAUGGAACACAUUGGUGUCCUCUGCGAAAGCACUCACGUUUGAAGACAUCCCUUGGCCCGUGAAUUCACGCCUUGAGCUCUCCGACGACAAUCCGUUGGACAAGCUUACUGUGGAGGCGAUUCAGACCUUUCUCUUAUCAUCUCUGGACCAAGAACAGAAGAUGCGUAAGGAGCGAUUGCGAGAAACCUUCCUGCGCUUUCAUCCCGACAAAUUUGAGGGCAGGUUUAUGAAUCGCAUACGGGAAUCAGACCAGGAGCUUGUCCGCCAGGGCAUCGGUGCAGUAGUGCGCGCCUUGACAAUGCUGAUGAGCGGCUGA